AUGCUCUCUCCAGUUAGUUUCCAUUAGAACCCUUUCAUUAGCCAUUAGAUGUCGUCUUUUUGCAGCUGAAGAAUCGCAGAGAUUCAGAGAGCAGCGAGACAGAAGAACAGAAUUCGGAGACGGUCAAUCUGAUGGAUUUCCAAACGCCGCUCAGUAUCACAAUUCCGCCAAACGAGUACGACGACAUGGAAGUACAGGCGAGUCGCGUCUCCGAGAAUUGUAUCGUUAUCAGUUGGCCGACUUUUCGUAGCCGUUUACCGCGUUUAAUGUUACUUGUGAGACUCUAUUGGUGGCCCAAAAAAGAAACGGAAUAGAGAAAGGUUAUGACGGGGUAAUCGUCAUCUGAAUUAAGUUAGAGUCUUUGAAAUAACACACUUUUGUUAUAUUGUGACGUCAAAAAAACAAUAUCGCGUGCACAAAUUCAAAGAGCCAAGCGCACACAUAUCAGAUGUCUGUUUUUGCGAAUAUAAAGAUGUAAUCUCAAGCGAAUUCCUAUUUUCAGAAUUACCAGCAAUUCCCUAACGGUGAGUAUCAUCAGUGCUGGCCAAUGACUGUGAGUUCCUUCGAUUCUUCCCAACGUAAUCUCUUUUUCUUUUCCAGUUCAAUCAGGAGCCACUGCUCACUUCAAAAUCUCCUGAUCAGGACAAGCUCACACAGUUGAACAUGCAAGUUGGGAGCCAGUACAUGUACCGAAUGCACGAGACAGAGUCGGAAAGCCAGAACUACUUCCAGAACUACUCUCACGCAGACCCGUGAGUUGUUGAGUCAUCCACCUCCUCAUUUUCAUUUAUAUAACUCGGCAGACGUUUCGGCUACGACAAGUUCAUGUACUCGACGGCCCAUAUCCCGCCAUUCAAAGACCUCUAUUACCAAUGUGCAUACGAAGAACCUAAAAGCGAGAGAACGGCCAUUCGUCACAAGAUAGAUGAGGACAUGGGACCAGUGGCGAAACGUCAGCGCAGGGAAACGAACGAUGGUAGAAAUGGGCAGAGCGUGAUUGUCCAGGCGGGGUGCAGCUCGCUUGGAAACGUCGCCGAAAAAUGA